AUGAUUACGACAGGUUUUAUCUAUUUUCUUGCCGCAAUAAUUUCCCUUGGAGUCCUCUAUGUGAGGCGAAUUUAUGGAUAUUGGCAGGAUCGCGGAGUGCCCUUCAUAGAGCCCCAUUUCCCCAAAGGAAGUAUCUCAAGCCUCGGAAAAACGGAGCACUUUUUCGAAAUGAUUAAAAGAUUUUACGUUGAACUCAAAGGUGAAGGAAAGCCUGUUGGUGGAACUUUUUUUAUGACCACACCUGUUGCAGUAGCUCUGGAUUUGAAUUUCAUAAAAACCAUCCUCGUGAAGGAUUUUCACUACUUUCACGAUCGUGGUUUCUACGUUAAUGAACGCGAUGACCCACUAACAGCUAAUUUACUGACAAUUGAGGGUUCUCAGUGGAGAGCAUUGCGCACAAAACUCUCUCCGUCCUUUACAAAUGGAAAAAUGAAGUUAAUCCUUCCAAUUAUAAAAGAUAUUUCCGACAGAUUUGUGCAGUGUCUCAAUGAGGAGCUCUGUAAAAGGGAAGAAAUUAAUCUUAGUGGCUAUAUGUCGCGUUUUAUGAUGGAUAUAAUUGCAAGUUCUGCUUUUGGACUUGAUUGCAAUACACUGAAAGAUUCAAAUAAUGAAUUCUUCAUCAUGAGCCAAGCUGCAUCGGAUACUUUUAUUGCAAGAACUCUCAAGAAAGUUUUUAUGACGUCAUUUAAGAAAUUAUCCAUUUUCCUGCGUCUUAAGGUGACAAAGGAUCAAACAUCUCAAUACUACACGAGAAUAGUGGAGGAAACAAUGUCAUACAGAGAUAGAAAUAACGUACAAAGAGAUGAUUUCCUCAGUAUGCUAAUGCAGCUGAGGAAUAAAGGAAACCUCGAUGGAGAUUCUGGAAAUGCAAAGGAUUCAGGGAAAUUAACAAAUAAUGAAAUUGUAGCAAAUGCCUUCCUUUUCAUCAUAGCAGGAUACCAUUCUUCAGCAACUACUUUGGAGUUCUGUAUUCUAGAAUUGGCCCACAAUGCCAUAAUACAAGAAAAUCUGAGGAACGAAAUAAGGUCUGUGCUUGAGCAGCAUGAGAAUAUGUUGUCGUACAAUGCAUUGAUGGAUAUGAAGUAUUUGGAUAAAGUUGUAAAUGGUAAGCCAAGAACAAUUAGUGAAAUUCACUACUAA